AUGUCGGGGUCGAAUUUGGAUUUGAAAUCUAGAUCACCGAAAUCGUUGCAAACUAAGAACACGAAGAAUUUGUCUUUGAAUAUCAACAAUGUUAGUCCAAAAACGCAUAAGAUAGUUAUGGUGGAACCCCUAGUUGGCGGUGGAACUUCUGAGUACAAACAUCAGGGCGUUGGUUCGAAGUGGUGCGGAAAUGAUGCUCAAAUAUAUAGUGCGCCAGAUAAGCCGAAGAAACAUGAUCAUUCGAUGAUACAGGAUGAAAUACGGUAUCGGCAGCAGGAGCAAGGACAAAAUCUGAAGCUGCAAGUUCCUACGGUACCGGAUGUUUCUCCUCCUACCUUACAGUUAGAGGGAGAACAUGCGAUGGUAGUAGAGCGAACAUUCUCCAGUUGUCAAACUGCGACCGAGACACUUUCAUGGGUCCUACAUAAGACUGAUACGCCUGUGAAAGAGCAUAGUAGCAUGCUGUUCAACCAAAACCUUGGUUCUGAAGGAUCCAGAGGUGUUACCUCUGGUGCUGAAACUGUUACUCCAUCUUUGCAUUAUACAAAUGUCAUCAAUGGGAGCGUUUACAUGGGGGAGCCUCUCUGUGUGAUAAAGCCCAAUAUCUUCUUAUAUUCCGAACCUAACUUGGAUCAAGUGUUAAAGUUUGAUCUAGUCAUUAAUGUCGCCAAAGAAAUAACAAAUUUUGAGCCAGAUAUACCGUCCAGUAGCAAAACGAAGUACUGGCACUUAAGUUGGUCGCAUAUGAGUAAAAUAUGCUCCGACUUAGAGAUAAUAACACAUAUAAUGCACGAGGCAGUCAGAAAUCGCCAACGAGUUCUUGUGCAUUGUCAAUGCGGUGUUUCCAGAUCCGCGUCACUCAUAGUUGCAUAUAUUAUGCGUUACAUGUCUUUACCCCUGUAUGAUGCCUAUAAUUACUUGAAGCAGGUGGCAAAAGAUAUCAGUCCAAACAUGAACCUAAUAUUUCAAUUAAUGGAAUGGGGAGAAAGGUUAAAAGUCCUUGUACCCGAAGACAGCAAGAACGCUGCUCACCAUCAAAACAUGCACAAUAUAGCUACACAGCAACAACAUAGCGAGAUCUCCCCACUGGCUGAGGACAUAUCUGGCUCUCCAAUUAAGCUGCAAAAAUGUUCAUUGGCAAGCGCGAACGAAUCCAGUGACACCUCCGCGGUUAAUACUCCAAUGACACCAAAGAACAUGACAAACUCACCAUCGCCUCCAAUGUACUCAGCAAGUAUCGGUGGACCCAUCUCAGCUUCCUUUCAGACCCCAGUUUCGCCAUCAUGCUGCGCUACAAACAAAAACAGAGACUCUGCAAUUUCUAUGAAUGCAGAACUUUGCAGGCCAUGCUCCCUCGAUUUGGGGACAUACUCCGAGCUAGUGGAAGAUAACUGGUAA